AUGGUCGGAGGCCAAGCUCGUUGCCAAGAGGAUGCAGUGAAGAAGGGACCAUGGAGUCAAGAAGAGGACCAAAAGCUCACCGAAUACAUAAAUAAGUAUGGCCAUGGCAAUUGGCGUAAUCUUCCAAAGCUUGUAGGGUUAUUGAGGGGAGGAAAGAAUUGUAGGCUACGUUGGGCAAACAAUUUGCGACCUGGCAUAAAGCGAGGACCGUUUUCUUCUCACGAAGAUGAAAUAAUACUAGACUACCAUCACAAGCUUGGAAACAAGUGGUCAGAAAUAGCAAAGCAAUUGCCAGGGCGGACAGACAAUGACAUAAAGAAUCGCUGGUAUAACCGUCUGAAGAAAGGAGUAAGAAACAGCAUGGCAUACAAACGUUUAUCACCUCCAUUAACAGCUUCCUCUCUUGCCCGUUUAGAGGUUGAAGCAGGAAUAGGCAGAAACGUUUUGAAUCUUGCUGCUAAUGGAAAUGUUCACCUGGGCCAUAGUCUAUUAAUGUCUGCUUUCCAAUCCAAUGAGAUGGUAGAAAGUUCUGUGGCAUUAAAUUUUGUGCAUCAAGAACAGCAUCAACUACUAUCAUAUGAUUGUCAAAGAUUAGAUAAUAAUUUUAUGGCUGAAGAUCAAUUAUUCCCUUCUUCAACACAAUUCAACGCUGUAAUGCUUAAUGAUGAUGGGGGCAAUAACUUUCUGCCAACAGAAAAUAACACUGAGGAUUACAUUUCGGCUUUGCUAUCAAGUACAUACAAUGGAGGAGGUUUUUCUUCUUUUCCUCUGCUGGACAUGAGCAGCUAUGGAGAAUCAAUUCCACAAGAGUCUUACCUCGAGUUUACACAAUUUCCACAAAUAUCCCAGGAAAUAGUAGAAUCCCCAACAUUCACAGAUUUCUAA